AUUUUGAAUCGGCUUGGUUUUCUAUUUUGUUGCAUUUCUUUUGUUUUUAUAUUGCAGAAAAAAAGAAAUAAUAUAGAAAGAAAUAAUAAAACAAUUAAUGCGUAUAUUGACAAACAAAAAUGAAAAAACAAUAACUGAGUCACUGUUUUUAAUAAUUAACAAUUGAAGUAAAUUUAAUCUGCACUGAAACUAAGAUAACGAGACGCGUUCAAAAACCGGGUUUUCAUCGGAGAGUUCAACUAGUAAAUAUAAUGGUUAGCUUGAAUCCCAACAGAUUUAAUAUGAAUACCAGUGCACAGUACAUGGAUGAUGUAUUGGGCGAAUCUUCUGCUGUUUCCAAUAGUAUGGGCAGUGACGUCGAACCCAUUUUGUCUUCUGGCGGUAAUGGCAACUUUAAGAAACUUAAUACAAUUGCGGCCUACAGUAUCCAUUUAGUAGUUUCUGUUAUAAUCUCAUUCGUGGGCAUAUUGUUGUCUGCGUUGUGGUCAGAAGAAAAACGAGGUGAAGCCUACUUCAUAAUGACAUGUUUACGAGUGGCAUUUUGGCUUCUAACAUUUUUGUUUGAUCAUAUGAUACGCGGAAGACACAAUGAAUUAAGAAUGAACGGCUAUCAUGAUUUUCAUCGUAGUAUUGUUCGACUGAAUGGUGUAUCUUUAAAUAUUGUAUCGGCCUGGAAUACAAUAUUGUUAAUGGUGCAGGCACUAUUACAUCAUUUCUAUGGAACACAAGAAUGGGAUAGUUGGUUUACACCUGUUACGUGUAUAGCAAUGUUCCAAAUAUCUGAAACACUGGUACUGGUAACGACACACAGUACUUAUAUUGUUAAAGUUUAUAAAUUUAAUAAAAACUCCAGUUGCCCAGAUGCUUUGGCCGGCACAAAUAUGGUUGCCGGUUCGUUGGGACUUAUGCAACCAGGCGGUAAUGUAGCUGAACUAUUAGAGAAACAGGCCGAUCUUAUUUCUUACCUUAAGGACCAUAAUCAAAAGUUGAAUCAAAAAUUACAUCACAUGCAAUUAACAGCAAGAACUACACACUGAAUAGAUUAUAAUGAAACACACGACGAAUGAAGAUACGAAGUAAAUUUUAGUUUUACUAUUGUUACCACAUUUAUUAUUAUAAAUAAUUAAUCCACAUUGAUAAUAAUGUAUUUUUUCUUUUAUUUUAUGUUUUAUUUCAUGAUUAUUAUUUUUAUUUUUACUUUUAAUUUUAAUGAUGCUACAUUUUGUAUGUACGAUAUAUCAGUAAUGAACGAAUGACCUAUUAAAUAUUAUUUCAAAUUAUAAAAAAAAGAAAUAUGUACUAAAAUUAAUCGGUUUUAUAAAUUCAUAUUUGUAUAUAUGCGUGUAUUAUUAUAGAGAUAUUGAAGCAGAAUUGCAUUAAAUAUUAAUAAAAUAUUUUUAAUAAAACUAA